GGUGCUGGGGCGCCGCAACUAUUUAAGUGGCCGUCUCUCGCAUCUUCGUGGUGUUUGUAGAGCACCACGAGCGCCGCCUUUCCAGAGUAACAGCUUGGUCGUGGCCGACGAACCGCCAACAUGAUUGGAAACAUCUACAUCAUCACCGCUAUUGCGGUCAUCGGAGGAGGCCUUUUUGGCUUCGAUAUCUCCUCGAUGAGUGCUAUUCUGGGUACCCAGCAAUACAAGUGUUACUUCAAUCAAGGCCCCGAUGGGCCGCCUUUCAACGACAGCAAGUGCUCUGGACCAAAGGCCGACGUGCAGGGCGGCAUUACUGCUUCUAUGCCCGGAGGUUCCUUCGUCGGUGCCCUCCUCUCAGGAUUCCUGUCGGAUUUGCUUGGUAGGAAAAAAGCCAUUCAAGUCGGUUCCAUUGUCUGGUGUAUUGGAUCUAUCCUCAUCUGCGCGUCCCAAAACAUCGGAAUGCUCGUUGUUGGCCGCUUUAUCAACGGGCUUGCAGUUGGUAUCUGUUCCGCACAAGUUCCCGUUUACGUAUCGGAGCUCGCUAUCCCGAGUAUGCGAGGCCGUGUCGUAGGAACUCAGCAGUGGGCCAUUACAUGGGGUAUCUUGAUUAUGUUCUACAUCAGUUACGGCUGCUCCUUCAUCAACGGCACUGCCGCCUUCCGUGUCCCCUGGGGACUGCAGAUGAUUCCCGCCAUUGGAUUGUUCGUGGGCCUUCUCUUCCUGCCCGAAUCACCUCGUUGGCUCGCUAAGCAAGAUCGAUGGGAGGAGUGCCACGAGGUACUUACGCUGGUGCACGGCAAGGGUGACCCUCAGGCACCCUUUGUUGGUCGUGAGCUUCGCGAGAUCAAGGAUAUGUGCGAGUUCGAGCGCACCAAUGCCGACGUUACCUACUUCGAACUUUUCAAGUCAAAGAUGAUCAACCGAACCCACAUUGGUGUAUUUACGCAGAUUUGGUCGCAGCUCACGGGAAUGAACGUCAUGAUGUACUACAUCACCUACGUUUUCGGCAUGGCUGGACUGACCGGCAACACAAACCUAGUCGCCUCUUCCAUUCAAUAUGUCAUCAACGUCGUGAUGACCAUCUUCGCCCUCAUCUUCAUUGAUCGUUGGGGUCGCCGUGGCCCUCUCAUUAUCGGUGCUACGUUGAUGUCCAUCUGGAUGUACGCUAACGCAGGUCUGAUGGCCAGCUAUGGCAAAGCGGCUCCGCCAGGAGGCGUUGACAACGUGCCCGAGGAGAGCUGGCAAAUCGCCGGCGCACCGGCAAAGGCAGUAAUUGCCUGCACAUACCUUUUCGUGGCUUCAUACGCGCCUACUUGGGGACCCGUAUCAUGGAUCUACCCUCCCGAGCUCUUCCCUCUCCGCGUCCGUGGCAAGGCCGUUGCGCUGUGCACGUCCGCGAACUGGAUCUUCAAUUUCGCUCUGUCCUACUUCGUCCCGCCUGCGUUUGUCAACAUCCAAUGGAAGGUCUAUGUCAUCUUCGGCGUUUUCUGCACCACGAUGUCGAUUCACACGUUCUUCUGCUUCCCUGAAACGUCCGGCAAGACGUUGGAGGAUGUGGAAGAGAUGUUCUUCAGCGGCAUUAAGCCGUGGAAGACUAGAGUUGAGUUCCGCAAGAUCGUCGCACUUGAGCACGGUGAUGUGACGGACAAGGAGGCGGCGAUGCACCACGAGGACGUCGCCGCUGAGAAGACGGGGUGAGGGCCCAAGGGCUGCUGAUUGGGACGAUAAAUUGGAGCCAGCUCUCAUAUGAUGUCUCAAUCAUUUGUUUACACGUUGUUGCCGCUGCUUGAGGCACUUCAUAGUAUUUCUUUCAUUAUUAUGAAUCAGAUGAUAUUGAAGCAC